GAAGUACUAGGAGGAGUUUAGUGAGAGAAAGGCAACAGUCUCGAAGCUAGUUCAAACUAGUGGGAGCUGCUUGUCUGCAAGCUUAAUUACACCACUCAUCAAAGUUUUUUAAAAAAAUUGUUGAUAUAAAUAUAUUAUUUGGUGACUUAGGGAGAUUUGUUUUUUUGGGUGUGGUGUUGUUAUGGCUCGGGGGAAGACGCAGAUGAAGAGGAUCGAGAAUCCGGUGCACCGGCAGGUGACCUUCUGCAAGAGGCGGGCGGGGCUGCUUAAGAAGGCCAAGGAGCUGUCUGUGCUUUGUGAUGCUGAGAUUGGACUCUUUAUUUUAUCUGCCCAUGGAAAGCUCUAUGAACUUGCCACCAACGGAAGCAUGAAAAGCUUGAUUGACAAAUAUACAAAGUAUAGCAAGGAAUUCACAGCUGAGGAACCCAAAGAGAAGCAAGCUAACGAAUUUAUGGAUCUGAAAGAAGAGAUUAACCUGCUGAAGAACGAGACAGAGAUUCUCCAGAAAGGAAUAAGGUAUAUUUCUGGAGGGGGAGCUCCUGGUGCGAUGACUUUGAAUGAGCUGAGUGUUCUUGAGAAACAUCUUGAGACAUGGAUUUAUCAGGUUCGCUCUGCUAAGAUGGAUAUUAUGGCUCAAGAAAUCCAGCUGCUGAAGAAUAAGGAAGGAAUUCUUCAAGCAGCAUACAACCACCUGCAAGAGAAGAUAGAUGAGCAAUAUGGGAUGAUUGAACUGACACCAAUGCUGACUAACAUUCAAUACCCACUAACCACUAACAUUAAUCAGUACCCACUAACUAUACCAAAUCAAGAGAUAUACCAGUUUUAAAUUAGCAAAUAUAUGCCCAUAUAUUUAUUACUUUUAAUUUGGGCAUAUUAUUGUAAGGUUCGAUGUAAGAAAAUAAAAUUGGUGUUUUCACUCGCUUUGACUAGACUUAGUUGGUGAGUGAUGGAAUUAUAUGGGUGUAUGUGAAACUUGUACUUGUGAUGUUAUGUAAUGGCAUGUUUUUAUUUUUCCGUUA